GAAAGUUAGACGUCUCAAACAAGAUCGAUUGUCAGAACCAUAUUAUGUAAAUUUGGAAUAUCGGUGGGCGUGUCACUUCACGAUGCGGGAGAAGACAUGAGACAGUACAAAUAGUAGCCACUUGUAGGCCAAUAUUCGAACUGAGAACACCUCGUUAACUUCGUAUCUGAACACGGACCGUCUGACUCACUUCGGCAUUAUGAACAGUUUAACUUUGAUCACAUUAUGUGGCAUUAUUGCCUGUGCCUUCGCGGCAAGCGCCGAAGUCAGAAGAGACUUCGCUAUUAAGAAAGCCAUGUACGAUGAUAUCUUAGUGCGUACCAUUGACAGAAUCAUGAAACGUGGUACCUGCACCACUACAAUCCAAGACGAAGAAGGAAAUGACGUACAGGCUGCCUACAAUCCAUGCGGUACUGGCCAAUAUUGCUACAGCAACGAUGACGAGAGUGACAAGUACGCAUGUACUGAUGACGCCAACGAUCCUUGCGGCGACGCCAACGCUUGCCCAUCGGGUACAUGCACAGCUAACGCCGACGGAACUGGCUUCACUUGUCAAGCCGCAAAGUCCCUGAAAUCUGAAAGAGGCAUGAAAUUGGAAGCAUUAUUGGACAAAAUGAACUUGUAAAAAAUGUUGUUGUUUUUUCUCCGUAAAGUAACACGCUAAUGAAUUCAUGGUAUUGAUUUCUCGUCUAAAAAGUUGGACUGAAUCCAUUUUGAAACAUGUCAUAUAUUUUUUUAACAUUUAAAAUAAAUGAAUAAUCUGUA